AUGAUUGUCCUUCACUGGUUAGCAGGACCGGCUACUCGUUGGAAAACAUUUGUAGCCAAUAGGGUAACAAAAAUACGGGAUCUCAUUCCUAAUGCACAAUGGCUUCACAUUCCUUCUAAUCAAAAUGCAGCCGAUUGUGUUUCUCGAGGUCUUCGACCUAAGGAUUUUAUCCAACAUAAGAAUUGGUUGUUUGGGCCGGAUUGGUUAAACGGUCCUAUAUCAACUUGGCCUGCAAAAACGGUUGAACCUUCCGGAGAUAUUGAUCAAGAAAGAAAAGCUAACGCUCUAAUAGUAAAGAGUGUCAUACCACCGAUCAAUCCUUUAUAUGAAUUAACGCAAAAAUUUUCUAAUUGGUGCAAACUUGUAAGAAUUUUCGCUUAUAUAUUGAAGUUUUGUAAAAUUAUAACAAAUCGAAACCGACUUUUGACUUCAGAUUUGAAACAAGCCGAGGUAAUUAUUAUUCGAUUAGUCCAAGAACAUCAUUUUCCCGAAGAAUUCAAACUAUUAACGAACGGAAAGUCUUGUUCGAAGAAGUUUUGCCGACUAAAUUUGGUUUUGGAUUCUAAUAAUUGUUUACGCGUUAAAGGUAGAUUAGGAUUAACAACUAAUAACAAUCCACUUCUUUUGCCAAAAAAGACCAAGUAG